AUGGCCGCAAACCCCGCCACCACCAACACCACCGCCUCCACCGCGGGGCGCAACGCCAAAAUCUACCUGGCCCCCAACUACCCGCCCAAGCUCGAAGGGCGCUCCAUCUUCCUCGCGGGCAGCAUCGAGAUGGGCAAGGCCGAGGACUGGCAGACGGUCGUGACGGACCGGAUCGCGCACCUGCCCAUCACCAUCCUCAACCCGCGGCGGCCCGACUGGGACAACGACUGGAAGCAGAGCAAGGACGACCCGCGCUUCCGCGAGCAGGUCGAGUGGGAGCUGGACAUGCAGGAGCGCUGCGACGUCGUCGCCAUGCACUUCCACCCGGACACAAAGGCCCCCAUCUCGCUGCUCGAGCUCGGCCUCUUCGCGUCGAGCGGCAAGAUGGUCGUCUGCUGCCCCGACGGCUUCUACCGCAAGGGCAACGUCGAGCUCGUCUGCGAGCGUGCCGGCGUCCCGCUGUUCAACACCCUGGAAGAGUGGGUCGAGGAGGUCCUCAAGAAGCUGAAGGCUUGA